GCUCCUCCUCCUCCCGGCGACUCAAUAGUGAGACUGAAGUGUGGUCAGAUUUAUACAUUAUAGGAGCAGCGAGGAGUACUGCUUAGACAUCAUGGGCAUCAAAUUCUUGGAGGUAAUAAAGCCAUUCUGUGCAGUGCUGCCAGAAAUCCAAAAACCCGAGAGAAAGAUCCAGUUCAGGGAGAAAGUAUUAUGGACUGCCAUCACUCUUUUCAUCUUCCUGGUGUGUUGCCAGAUCCCCCUCUUUGGCAUAAUGUCAUCAGACUCUGCGGAUCCAUUCUACUGGAUGAGAGUAAUCCUGGCCUCAAACAGAGGUACCCUGAUGGAGCUGGGUAUUUCCCUAUCGUCACCUCAGGCCUGA